AUGCGUUACGCUCUCAUCGCUCCCGUCCUUUUGGCGGUCACGGCACUCGCUGUCCCUGUCCCCAACCAGGGUGAUGUUAGUGUUGCCAAGCGUGAUGUUGGAGAUGGCAUUGAUGCCGCUGCCGAUGCCAACGUUAGCGGUGAUGUGAGCGCCGAUGUCAAGCGUGAUGGCGGAGAUGGCAUUGAUGCCGCUGCCGAUGCCAACGUUAGCGGUGAUGUGAGCGCCGAUGUCAAGCGUGAUGGCGGAGAUGGCAUUGAUGCCGAUGUCGAUGCCGACGCCGACGUUAGCGCCGAUGCGGCUGUGGAUGUCUAA